GAAAAUAGUUUCAAUUUCAUGCAUUUAGGAGUUAUGCCAUUUGGGGAAAGAGUCGCCUUAUUUUCCCGGAAUUCUUGGACGAAGCGGGAUUAUACCACUUGAGGAGGGGAUCUAAAAGCGUGUGCACAGCAGCUCGUUUGGCCCUGAAAGGUCACCAGCCCACCAGGAAAUUUGCCGGUGUUACCGGCGGCCAUUCCGCCCCGGACGUGAAUUUUAAGAAUUCGGCUUAGAUGCCCAAACAACUUGCCCUCACACCUCUGCAUUUGCAUGACGUCACGGCAGUAUUUGACAGGCGAGGGGUGGAGUCGUCCUCCACUAGUUGGAUGAGCAAGGCUACAUAACAGUCCUGCAAGUGGAUCCUCGGAGGUUGAGAAUUUAAAGCUUUCUUGAAUCUGUGUAAUUGACCUGAAGUGAUGGGAGCCGUUCUUGGUGCCACUUUGGUGAGCUGGGUGCCAUGUUUGUGUUGUGGUGCCACAUGCUUGCAGUGCAGCUGUUGUCCUAACAUCAAAAAUUCAACUGUGACUCGCCUUAUAUAUGCUUCUUUUGUACUUCUUGGGACUCUUCUUGCUGGUAUUUUGCUUGCACCGGGUAUGGAGAAACAACUUAUAAAGAUCCCUGGCUUCUGUGAACGGGACUAUGGGAUUGUAGACUGCGAAAUCUUCUUAGGCUAUGAAGCUGUGUACCGGGUUUGCUUUGGGUUGACAGCUUUCUUUGCUCUCUUUGCUGUACUAAUGUUCAAUGUAAAAACUAGCUUAGAUUUAAGAGCUUAUUUACAUAAUGGGUACUGGUGUAUUAAGAUUGCUGCAAUUAUUAGCCUGUUAGUAGGUGCUUUUUUCAUCCCAGAUGGAAAUUUUACUCAAGUUUGGUUUGGGUUUGGCGUAGCUGGUGCUGUCAUAUAUAUCUUAAUUCAGUUGUUGUACUUGGUGAGCUUUGCUCACACCUUGAAUAUAUCCUGGCUUCAGAAAGUGGAAGAUGGAAAUUCCAAGCUUUGGAAGGCAGCAUUAAUAUGUGUGAUGAUGAUAUGCUAUGGCAUUUCCAUUGCUGCAGUUGUGCUUUUGUGCAAAUAUUACACCACUCCAGAUGGCUGCACCCGAAAUAAGUGUUUCAUCGCCUUCAACUUCAUUUUUUGUAUUGUGGCAUCUAUCAUUUCAAUUUUACCUAAAGUGCAGGAAAAACUAUUUUAUUCUGGUUUACUGCAGUCGUCUUUCAUCACCAUGUACACAAUGUAUCUCACCUGGUCUGCCAUGACAAAUGAACCAGAUAAAAGAUGUAAUCCAAGUUUGCUUAGCAUUAUAGGACAGUCAAAUUCCACUACGCCAGCAAAUUCCACUCAAGAAGAUAUUAAGAAACCUUCACUUCACUGGAUGGAUUCUCAGAACAUCACAGGAGUUGUCAUCUUUGUGCUGUGCAUUGUCUACUCAGCCAUUACAUCAUCAAACAAAUCUAAAAUCAGCAAGUUGGCAAUCUUUGCUUCUGAAGCAGUCGUCCUAAAUGACACCUCAAUAGAAGCUGAAGGCUUGGGUAGCAGAGAUGAUCCAAAGCGUGUUGAGGACAAUGAAAAGCAAGGUGUUCAGUACAGCUACACAGCCUUCCAUAUUAUGAUGUGUCUGGCAUCCCUUUACAUAAUGAUGACCAUAACCAACUGGUACAGCCCUUCUGCAAACUACACAACGAUGACCAGUAAAGAGCCUGUCGUGUGGGUGAAGAUAGCAUCAAGUUGGCUGUGCCUGCUUCUUUAUAUAUGGACAAUGAUUGCACCGCUUGUGUGCCCCACUCGGGAUUUCAGCUAGAUCUGCUUUAUUUUUGCCUGCUUUGCUUAAACAAAACUACCAUAAACAUAUAGGCCAAAGGCAAUCUGACCAAUUUUUCCUAGAUUUCUAAUGUUUUUACACAGCUCUGCCAUUCAUGUAAAUACCAAACACAUUUUACUGACUUUCAUACCUUCUAUCAAGACAAUCCUGUAGUCUAUUUUGUGCAGUUUUCUCCCUUCAUUUAACACAGGGUAAUACCUGGCUCAACUUGCAAAAUUAUUAACAAGUGACUCUCUGCCCUACAUGUGUGUCAGCUGUCACUUGGACAAAAUCACAUUUACAGUAGAAAAUAAUGCAGAAACAGGAGACCAGCAAUCUGUUGUUGUUUAUUCGGAGAAAAUUGUGAUGUUCGCUCCAUCAUACUAGACCAGUGUAUCCUACCACGGGCUUAUCCUUUACCCGCUCUGUUGCCUUUAUAAUUUUGAUCAACCUUUCAAAUGAUGAACAGAAGGGCCAGUGGUCGCCAGGUGCAGCUCCAUUUGGUCAGGAAUGGAGAAGAAUGUCUUUGGGGCAAAAGAAUAAGACAUCAAUUUGUCAUUAGUGUGUCAUAUUCUUAGAAAAACUGAGGACUUAUUUACCACUGUAGAGGCAUCUCAACUUUCUUAAAAAAAAAAAAAAAAAAGGCUAAAGUCAUUUUGAUAAAAAUCAAUGUAACAGCUGUAUUUAAGGACAGCAUCAGAUAACAAUUCUGAGCAAUCAAUUAAAAGCAUUUUUUAUACAUA